AGAAAGCUUACUUGAAGAUACUGACCACAAAAUCCAUUAACAGUUCCUAUCAUAUUAACAUUUACAGAGUUAAUCACGUACACCGAAGACAGAAGAAUGUAAGUUUGGUGGCCUCUCACGUACUCCACAGUCUGCCAUCCUUCAGUCAUCAUCAUCGCAGCACUCUGCAGUACCAGAAAUGGUUGAGUUAUGACGUCACUGAAGCACUGAAGAAUGAGCAGGGCUUCAGGAAAAAAAUCGUCUUCUCACUUCAAAUACUCAACGAACGUGGUCAAACGGUGCACCCAUCAUCAAUCGGCGUUCAACUGAACAACCCGAGGACCAGUCCACGAAACCAGGCUUUCCUGGUCACCAUGUUUCAUUCGCAAAAUGAAGAUGAGAGGAUUCAGUUGAGUAGAAGAAAGAAAAGAUCUGCCGACAUAAGAAACCUCGGAGAAUUCAAAACCAGGAAAGUGCGCAAGGAUAGUCGGAACAAGAGAAAUUCGUACAAGAAGAAACCAAACUAUCUUACCAGACUCUGCCAACGUCGAAAGUUAUACGUGGACUUCGGCGAUCUAGGCUGGGAGGAUUGGGUGAUAGCUCCAGUGGGCUACACGGCCAACUACUGUUACGGCGAAUGCACCUACCCGAUGAAUUCAUACAUGAAUGCCACGAACCAUGCCAUCAUACAAACUCUAGCUCACUCCCUCAACUCCUCAUAUGUGCCCAAGCCAUGCUGUGCCCCCAUCAAGUUGUCCACGCAAUCUGUCCUCUACAUCGACGACAACAGCAACAUCGUUCUUAAGUUCUACAAGAACAUGGUAGUGAGGGCUUGUGGUUGUUUAUAAGAUGACAGUCUACCGAUGUUAAUACUUGUCGACUAUCCCACCACUCCUAUUUCACCUCUUGUUUGAAGUUCAAAUUUCGACAAAUGUUCAAGUGUCAUCAAAUUGUGCUCGUGACGAUCAUUUUUCCUGUUUUCAUUUGGAAGCAGAAAUAUAUUUGUUAACGACGUGAAGGGGUUAUCCAAUUAUUUAUUUUUAUUCUUGAUGACAAUUUUGUAAUUAUGUAUUAAUCCAUUACGUUGUAUAGAUUUUAUACAAUUUUCAAUUUUUUAAUUUUUACGUUUAGAUGAAAUAUUGAAAAAUAAAAACACAAAUUAAAACGACAAAUGUUUUUAAAAUGAAUUCAAAAUAAACAAUAAAUCGUCAGUUUUUACUCUCGUUUGAUUAAUAUUUUGUAAAUUUAAAUGAAAAUUCUUCCAAAAGGAUAUUGAAUUAAAUAUUUAAUGAACAUUAUUAUGGUUAACCAAAUUGAAGGACACUUAACAUUUUAAUUGAGAAUUUGUGUGAAUUUUUAAUUUUGAAAAAUUAGAAGCUGUCACUUUCGUCAAGACA